GUUUCUUUUUGUUGUGUUGGGUUUUUUUUAAGCAACCGCAUGGUUUGGUAUUGCCUCUCCAAAAGUCCUCUGCUGCCCCCAUGUGUUUCAAAGUUAUUGAUGCCACUACAGCUAUCAGUUCCUUUACCAGCAAGGUAGACUGGAAGGAGCUGUUGGUUUAUCAUGAAGUACUGUGGGUUUUGUUGUUGUUUUUCACUUCCUCUGACAGAUAAUAAUGCCGAUAACGUAAUCUCACCCCAGAAAAUAGAGUUUCCCACUGCUGACAAGUAGUAAAGUCACACCGGGGGAUACAGCGGGCAAGCACUGAUCGAGCCACUUAGGACCUCCUCCAACAUGAGUUACCAGUAUAAAAUAAGAUAGUUCUUGUUUGUGUUCGUUUUAAAGCCAUUUCCCAGAAGAGAGCAAACUCGGUUACCCGAAGCAGGAGCGGGGCACCUCGUUGCCUCAGAACUAGGAAAUAAACACGACAGAACCCGCUCACUCACACUUGAGUGAGGAAACGCUGCAGAAACCGAGUUGACUCCGGACCACCAACGCGAACCGCCCCAAGGAAGCGACCGGCCGUCUCGAGCACGCACACGCAGCCACAUUUUCGCUUGCUCCUCACUGAGCCUUCACAUGCUAAGAGCUACAAAAUGCGUUUCUGCUACUCAAAGAAAUAGCUACGCUCUCUCUCCUAAAACUCUGCAACAAGUCCAGCCCUCAGGGACAGCCAUCACCUCUCGCCCUUUCCUGCCUCGCAGCCAGCAGCUGCAGCGCCCAGUAGCCGUGCCCCCCGGCUUGCACGCAGCCUUGGAAACGAAAAGCCCGUCCCCGCCUCUCCCUGCAAGGAGCCGGCUACGAGCCGUGCCGGAGUGGGGGUGUCUCUCGAGACCCCACCCGCUAUGACUCGGCAGCCGGAGGCGGAGCGGGCAGGAAGCCGGCAGGGAACGAGGCGCGGCCGAGUUAACCCGCGGUGAUGGGGGUACUAGCGCUGGGGCUGGCGUGCUGUCUGCUGAGAGCGGCCAAGGCCGCGUUCCCGGUGCCCCCGGGUACUGCGGGGAGUCCUCCGUGGGAUGGAGGAGGAGGAGGGGAGGAAGAAGCGGCGGCGCUGCGGGAAAGUGCUAAAAGAAUUAGUUUACUGAAUUCACCAUCAAACGAUAAUGGAACUGCUUUCUAUGGAAAAAAUCAGUUUUCUCACCUGUUCCCAGAAGAGUUCAAAGCUAUUUACUUAAGAAGCAUACCUCACAAACUCCCCAGAUACAUAAAAGUGCCAAAGGGAAAGGAAAAACCUUUGCCAAAGAAGUUUGACUGGAGGGACAAGAAAGUCAUUGCAGAAGUGAGAAAUCAGCAGACAUGUGGAGGCUGCUGGGCUUUCAGUGUUGUGGGUGGAAUAGAGUCUGCCUAUGCAAUUAAAGGAAAUAAUCUGGAAGAACUCAGCGUACAGCAGGUUAUCGAUUGUUCAUACAGUAAUUAUGGCUGCAGCGGUGGUUCCACAGUAACUGCUUUGAGUUGGCUGAAUCAGACAAAAGUCAAACUUGUGAGAGAUUCAGAGUACACUUUUAAAGCUCAGACAGGACUGUGCCAUUAUUUUGCUCACUCGGAUUUUGGAGUUUCAAUAAGAGGAUUUGCUGCAUAUGACUUCAGUGGUCAGGAAGAGGAAAUGAUGAGAGUACUUGUUGACUGGGGUCCUUUGGCAGUAACAGUAGAUGCAGUUAGCUGGCAGGAUUAUCUUGGUGGGAUCAUACAGUAUCACUGCUCCAGUGGAAAAGCAAACCAUGCUGUACUUAUCACUGGUUUUGACAGAACAGGUACCAUUCCUUACUGGAUUGUACAAAACUCUUGGGGCCGUACAUGGGGAAUAGAUGGCUAUGCUCGUGUUAAGAUAGGCAGCAAUGUCUGUGGUAUAGCAGAUACAGUUUCAUCAGUAUUUGUUUGAUUUUGGCUGAAGACCAGGAUUAUCAUUUGGCAUACGUUAUAUGUGAAGAUGCAGCAUUUCCUAAAAUAAGGACAAACUAUAUGAAGAAUUCCUGCUUUUUAAGCAGUACAGGAAGUGGUUGGCUGGAAUUUUUAGAUAUGUUUUUAUGUAUAUUAUAUGUUUUUGUGUUAUGUAUCAAAUCCCCCAUGGAAUAAGAUGACUUUGAAUCAACCACAAAGCCUGCAGAAGGAAGUUGUGGAGAUAGAUUGAAACUGCUAUGUAGAAUUUAGGUACUGAAUACUAAAAAGUACAUCCCAUUAAAAAUUUUCUCGAGAAAAGAAGUGAUAGCAAAUAAGGAAUGUGAACCCAAUAAUCAGUGGUGUGAUGGAGUAUAAUUAAAAUGAUUUAAGCAUCAGGAGCACAAUGGCUGCUUUUUAUUAGGAGAGAAGGGUGCUAAGAGAAAAAAGUUCUGUUUUGCUACCUGCUUUGGCUUUUCUAGUAUCUCUGGUUGAGACAUGUUUUUGUCUUCCACGUUUUUGUGAAAUUCUACUUUUUUUUUUUUUUUUUCCUUUCUCUAAAACUAGAUGAACAAAGGAGUGAAAUAGCCACAAAGCAAUUUCCUGAGCAGGGUCUCUGUAAUGCUGUAGUCCUUCUAUUCCACUCUUUUUCCUUUCUUGAGUAGAUAGAACUUCAGAGCUCUUCCAAGUUGGAAGGUGUAUUUUGAAAAGGGCCUCAAAUAUAAUAGUCUUCUGAAUUAAUUUGUUAAAUGGGUAGGAAAGCAAGAAGAAAACUGUACUUAGAUGAACCAAGACAGUUCUAGUAGUUUAUCAUCCUCUGCCCUGCCAGGACAGAAAUGUUUGCAACAGAACCAUUCUGUGCCUUACUAGCUGUCGAUUCCCCACACCUCCUCUCUUCUCUGCUUCACAGCUAACAAUGGAACAGCUGUGAAACAAAUUAAGAAAUUAUCUGUCAUAGAAAAAGUCUGGUAGUAGAUAGUUGUAAGCUAUUUGCAUAUUCCAAGUAGAGUAGGCUUCCCUACAAAAGUAUUAAACUCAGUUGACCUUGUAGGAGAGACUUGCUGAGAGUAAUAAGGUGGUUCCAGCUUUGCUGAUCUGUAUAACUACAGCUGGAGGCAAAUGUAACUAGAAUGGACAACUAAACACGCAUUUCUAAGAUGCUCAGACUCUGUCACCUGGAAUGCUUUAUCAGUGUCCUUUAUUGAGGAGUAUUAUGAAAAGUAUUGAAGCAGUUCUAUAUUUUUGGUACAUGCUGUACCCUCCUAAUGAUCAGUGUAAUGUUUUUACAACAGAUGCCAUGAAUGUUCAUCACUCUCUCUUGUACUGUCACCUUAGGCCUUCUGUUUUUAAGAGUCAGUAUUUUAAGUGGGGGGAAAAAAGACUUAGGUGCUAAAUGUUAGGUGCUAUUCCUCUCUCUAACAGGCUCAAACUUGAGAAUAAUAAAAGGGAAACAUUUUGUGUAGUACAGCCAUACCCUUAGCAGAUUACAGACAACAGAUAGCACACUUCCCUGAUGGGAUAAGAACAGCUAAACUUCUAAAUUGGCAUAGAAGUAAUGUGUUUUUAUAGAAGUAUCAAACAUUGAAGUUCCAGCUAUGCUUCUGAAGUGAUACAACCAAGAUUAAUUGGAGUACACAGAUACAGAACAACUCACCAAAAAUUGAAGCCUGCAGCAAAUGUAUUUUCUAGAGAAGCAUUUAGCAACAGUCCAUCUAAUGAGAAGAUGAUACAGCCUUAUCUACUUGGUGAUCAAAGUCACCUCACUUUUAUGAUGUAACAAUUUUAUCCUUGUUUCAAUGAUAUCUUGAUUAAAAAACAUUUUAAACAGC